AUGCGAACAUCAAUAACAUUCUCUGCCUCUAAUGUUACAGAAUGUCCAGAUGGUCUUCAUGGUACGUCCCCCAUUCCCAAUCACUACAAGAGGUAUAGCAGCUCUCUGCUUGCUCAUAGUCACGCACUGAACGACUGCACGACCCAAGCCAUCUCAGACUUCAGCUUGAAGUCAGUUAAUAAUGUUGCACCUUCAUCUGCUACAGAGAUCUCUGUGAACAGCGCUGUGAAUGUAUCUGCCUCAUCCAGUUCAUCUCCUCGUUUUUGUCCUCUUCUGUGUGCAACGCCGUACUACUACACCUGUGAGAAACUGCAGACAUCCGUCUUUGUGACUGCAUAUCUAUCUUUAUGUGUCAACAGUUACAUAAGCCAAAAGUUGUCUUCCAACCAAACAGCCCUAUCUAUAACUCAGGAAACGCCAUCUAUGGCUCCUAGGAGAACUCAGACUAAAGCAGGUCCCUCUGGAUUAAAGCAAACAGACAUUGGGGUGUUUUUUGGCUUGAAGCCAUUGAAUGAAAAAAAGGCUGAGGAGGAAGUGAAGGCAACAGUCAGAGAGGCCAAUCAGCAAGGGUCUAGGAGAGUGAGGAUUUCAGAAGCUCAGGGGGAAGACGCUAAGCUCCAGGGUAGACGGCGUAGGAAGAGAAAAGCACCAUCUGAAGUGUCCAGUGUCUCGUCUGCUGUAGAAGAUGGUAUGACUCGGCCCACGCAAACAGAAGGAAAGCAAGGAUGGAGGGCAGAGAGGCAGAAAAGAUGGAACAGAGGAAGAGCGACAGAUGGAGAUCCCAAGGAGCCCAAGCGCUGUCCAUUCUACAAGAAAAUUCCAGGAACUGGUUUUGCUGUGGAUGCUUGUCAGUAUGGGGUUGUUGAAGGUGUCACAACCUACUUUCUCACUCACUUUAACACGGACCACUAUGGUGGCUUAAAAAAGACUGUUUUACCCAUCUACUGUAACAAAAUAACUGGUAACCUGGUGAAGAGCAAGCUGAAGGUGGAUGAGGUGUAUGUUCAUGUUCUCCCAAUGAACACAGAGUGUAUCCUCUUAGUAACUAAUGAACAUUUGAAGCCAAUUUUAUUUCUUUAUUACAGCUGUCCUGGGGCAGCCAUGUUGCUAUUUGUUCUGCCAGAUGGCCAGACGGUACUCCACACAGGUGACUUCCGGGCUGAUCCGUCCAUGGAGCAGUACCCAGAGCUGCAGGGUCUCAGGAUACAGACUCUCUAUCUGGACACAACGCAUUGCAGUCCUGAGUAUACCUUUCCCACUCAACAGGAAGUCAUCACCUUUGCUGUAAACAGAGCUUUUGAAUAGGUCCAACUGAACCCUUGUACACUUGUGGUUUGUGGCACCCACGCAGUUGGAAUAGAGAAGGUCUUUCUAGCUGUAUCGGAAGUGUUGGGCUCUAAAGUGUGUUUGUCCAAAUAUAAGUAUAACACCAUGUGCUGCCUGGAGUCAGAAGAGAUUGGCCAGCUCAUCACUACAGACUGGCAGGUGGCCCAGGUGCAUGUACUUCCUAUGAUGCAGUUAAAUUUCAAAAACCUGCGGACAUAUUUGAUUAAGUUCUCCAGGCAGUAUGACCAGCUAGUGGCAUUCAAGUCCACGGGCUGGACCUUCAACCAAAGUGGAAGAGUGGAAGACAUCCAGCCUCAGACUCAGGGGAACAUCAGUAUCUACGGUAUUCCCUACAGUAAGCACAGCAGUUUUCUUGAGCUGAAAUUUUUUGUGCAGUGGCUGCAGCCUAAAAAGAUUAUUCCAAUGGUGAAUGUGGGCAGCUGGAGGAGCAGGAAAGCCAUGGAGGGCUUAUUUUUGUGAGUAGCAGACUGAACCCAGAAACCUCAGCUUAACAUCAUGUGCCCUGAGAAACUCAAGCUGUGGAACAAGGCAAUAAAGUAAUCUGACAUCCAAAAUCAAACCUUUGGCCAAACAGUCAAACGGUGCCUUUAUUGAUUGGACCAGUAUUACUCAGUGGACCAAAAAAAAGGUCUUUCUUACAGCCUGCCUUUUUAAGUGCUGGUUGUGUGAUGGUUAAUAGUGUUGCCUUUUAUGAAUGGCUUCCCUUGCCGGUGGCUAAU